CACCACCAACAAGGCAGCAGCCGAACACCAAACAAGGCAGCAGCCGCCACCACUUCAUUGCGCGAAUCGGAGCCCGUGGCCGUCGCCUCCGCCUUCGCGAUUCGCCGCCGUUGCCCACGAGCGAGGCUUCCUCCUCUUCGUCGCCGCCGUCGCAGGAGGGGAAAGAGGAUAAACUGCCAUGGCGGGCAGGCUUCUCGCGAAUCUAAUCGUCAUGGGCGGAACCGUGGUUGGCAGGGCCAUGCUCCAGGCCUACCGCCAGGCCAUCGUCAAUGCAAACAAAACUGGAGCUGCCCAAGAAGCUAUAAAUGGUAUUAGACGGGCUAGCAAGGCCAUGACUGAGCAAGAAGCCCGGCAAAUUCUUGGUAUCAGUGAAAAUUCGACGUGGGAAGAGAUUGUCCAGAAGUACGACACAAUGUUUGAGAGGAAUAACAAAAACGGCAGCUUCUAUCUCCAGUCAAAGGUUCAUAGAGCGAAAGAAUGCCUGGAACCUUUAUAUCAAAAGCCUGAUGUACUGAACUGAGAUUUUGCAGACGCCCUAGCUUCUGUUUGAAGCGGUAUGCCUAAUUGAUCGAUUUAUUAGUGUGCUCAGAGAUCAACGUUCAGUUUAUUGAUCGGUUUGCCAAUGCGCCCAGAGAUCAACGUUCAGUUUUGAGUUAUGUGUUGGGCGCAUCAGGUUGGUUCCUUGUAAUGCCAGAAUAAUGUUUAACAAACAUACCGAAUUUUGGCUGAUUCUCAUUGGCAACGUCUCAGUCACUGGUUUUAAUUCAUAGUAUGUUAUUUCACACUUUGUCAACCAAGCAACACUUUGAAACUUUUUGUCGAUAAUAAAUGGUUCGGUUCGUUCAU